AUGGAGGAGAUUGGCUUUAAGGAUGAAGUGGACAGAGCCGGGGCAAGGGACAGCAGUGGGGACAGCACAGCCAGCCAGACCACAGAGAAGGAUCUAGCUGGCACAGCGAAGAAAGCAGCCUUUGUAACAGGCAGUGAGAGUGCUCCACCAUGCAAGACCCCGCUCAUCUGCUGCGCAGACGACCUUGAUGAGGACACCUUUAAAAUUUGCAAGGAGUUACUGAGACCCUAUAAGAAGUCACUCAGGAGGCUGCAUUUGCCCCAGCACCUCCCCACAGAGAAAAAAGUGAAGGACAUGAAGGAAAGUUUGACCAUCAUCGGGGACCGCAUCAAUCUGUUUCUCCAGCAGUACUGCAAAGCCUGGGAAGUCCAGCACUGGCAGAAGAUGUUCUGGCAGUUCGUCUCCCUCUUCUCAGAGAUGGAUGCAAAGCAACUGCAGAAGCUGUACAAGUACAUCAAGAACAACCGCAUGGAGAAAUUUCUGUUGUGGUUUGCCUUUGGGCCCAGCCUGGCAAAGCCACACACGCUUGUCUUCUGGAGCAAAAAUGCAGACCGACCUGUAGCAGGCGUGUUUGCAAACCAGUCACUGGCAGCCUGUUUGGUCCAGCCAGAACGGCGGCAUACGCAAACCCCGAAGGAGGAAAAACAGACACGACAAGCGAUUGCUGACGAGAUCGGCUUUGCCACAAACAGGUUCCCAGACAACUUCGGAGGUCAACAGAAAUCAAUUAAUAACAGUAUCACGACCUGA